AAUCUAAAUUCUUAACCCGCGCCGCCACUCUCCUGCUCCUCCUCCUCACUCGCGUCACUUUCCUCAUUUCUGCUGCUGCUGGCAGACAACAGACAGAGGAGCAGGAAAUUGUUGCUGUUUAUUCUCCUUGGUUGGUUUAGCUGCUUAUUUUGAUGGGCCUGUGAUGGCAUUCUCUUAUUCAUGUUUUAGUAGUUUUCAAACCCCAAAGAUUUCCUUUAGAUGCAACCCUGGUGUUGGUGGUUAUUGUUAUGGUGGGAGGCUCAAGAGCAGAUCCUGCUGCCCUGUUCUUGCUUGCAUGAAAAAAUUGGAUCAAGCUUCACUCAGUGGACCUAAGAAUGCAAGGUCUGGAGUGAUGAUGUCUAACCCAAAAAGCUUUCUCCAGUUCUCCACUUUGAAUUUUGACUUACUUUUAGAUAGCAUCAAAUGGGAUGACAAAGGGUUGGCUGUGGCAAUAGCUCAAAAUGUUGAUACAGGAGCUGUCUUAAUGCAAGGCUUUGCCAAUAAAGAUGCACUUCUGACAACCAUAUCUUCACGUAAGGCGACAUUCUAUAGCAGGUCGCGAUCAACUUUGUGGACAAAGGGAGAGACUUCCUUGAAUUUCAUUAAUGUCAGCGAAAUCUUCUUAGAUUGUGAUCGUGAUUCUAUAAUAUACCUUGGGAAGCCUGAUGGACCAACUUGCCACACUGGAUCUGAGACUUGCUAUUUUGCGUCCAUUGAUGACAUGAUCAGCUCACAGGCAGAUGAAAAUAAGCUAGCAUUGACUACUUUAUAUGCCUUAGAAUCAACCAUUAAUCAACGAAAAGAGGACAGAGGAUCUGCAAAUGGAAAACCAUCUUGGACGAGGCGCUUAUUGCUUGAUGACAACUUGCUGUGUUCAAAAAUCCGGGAGGAGGCCGAUGAACUAUGUCGCACGCUGGAGGAAAAUGAGGAGAAGACAAGGACUGCCUCAGAGAUGGCAGAUGUGCUCUACCAUGCCAUGGUUUUGCUGGCAAAGAGGGGAGUUAAAAUUGAGGAUGUAUUACAAAUCUUGAGAGUGAGGUUUUCCCAAUCAGGCAUCGAGGAAAAGAAAAAUCGCAAAGCAUAGGCUUGCUGUAUCUUUGAAGAUGUCUGUGCUAUAAAAAUUUCAACCACGUAAUGGAUAAUACAAACUGUUAACGCAUGAUUUAUAACGAUUCCACCUAAGAAUUGUGUCUUGUAUGCAUCCUCUUAUAUGGUGAAUGUCCAUUCCAACUCUGAUGUCUCUGUCUUUUGAGAAACACACCUUUGUGUUUCACUAAGAUUUUCUAUGCUGUUAUAUAGGUUAGACGAGCAACAAACCAUGCCUUUCUUUCUCAGAGGCCUGAUAACUAUAGCCAGAGAGUCAGAGAAAGAAUAUGGAAGCAGAAAUCCAUUGUUUUUUGUCA